AUGUUGUUCUCGGCUUUGGUCCUUACCUCGGUUGCCAUCUGGGGCAAGGUGGCCAAUGCAGCAUUCGGAAUCACGACGAGCUCGUCCGCAUACGUGAUCGACGCUGGAUCUUCGAACCCGCUGAAGUUCACCGUGGACCGUACUAGCUGUGAUAUCACGUCGAUCAACUAUUAUGGCUCAGAGCUGCAGUAUCAGUCGACUGGCUCGCACAUCGGAUCCGGCUUGGGGACUGCUACUGUGACUGCGACUCAGAGUGGUGAUUAUAUCAAGGUGACGUGCACGACCGACACAUUGAUCCACUACUAUGUUGCACAUAGUGGCGAUUCGAUUAUCUACAUGGCCACAUAUACUACUGCUGAACCUUCCGUCGGAGAACUUCGAUAUAUCGCUCGACUGAAUGCAGACCUCUUGCCAAACGAGGAGCCAUUCGGCACGGUUUCAAACAUUGAUGGUGGAACUGCCAUUGAAGGCUCGGAUGUAUACUUGGUGGAUGGAGAAACUCGGAGCAAGUUCUACUCUAGUGAGCGCUUCAUCGAUGACCAACGACACUGUGUUUCCGGUUCUGCUCAUCGCGUCUGUAUGAUUCUCAAUCAAUACGAGACCUCAGCUGGAGGCCCAUUCCACCGUGAUAUCAAUACGAACAACGUUGGGUCCUACACCGGACUCUAUUGGUACAUGAACUCCGGCCACGUGCAGACCGAAACCUACCGUCAGGGGCUGCACGGUCCGUACUUGAUGUACUUCAGCCGCAGCGGUACGCCGAGCACAAACAUCGACACUUCGUUCUUCGCCGACCUGGACAUCGAGGGAUACGUUGCCACGUCCGGUCGAGGAUAUGUUUCUGGCACGGCAUCUGGAGCCGACUCGUCCUUUGACUGGGUUAUUCACUGGUAUAACACCAAUGCCCAGUACUGGACCUACACGUCCUCAAGCGGCAGCUUCACAUCUCCAGCCAUGAAACCAGGCACCUAUACGAUGGUAUACUACCAGGGCGAAUAUGCCGUCGCCACGUCGUCCGUUACCGUCACGGCCGGCUCAACCACCAGCAAGAGUAUCUCCGGCUCUGUGAAAACCGGCACCACGAUCUUCAAGAUCGGCGAAUGGGACGGACAGCCAACCAACUUCCGCAAUGCAGACCUCCAGCUUCGCAUGCACCCCUCCGACGAUCGCAUGUCCUCCUGGAGCCCUGGCACUUACACUGUAGGCAGCUCCUCAGAGAGCGAUUUCCCAAUGGCGAUCUUCAAGUCCGUGAACUCACCAAUUACCAUUUCGUUCACCGCGACAUCCUCGCAGACCGGCGCUGCAACGCUGCGCAUUGGGACGACACUGUCCUUCGCGGGCGGCCGGCCCGUGGCAACGAUUAAUUCGUACACUGGGUCGACGCCGUCGGCGCCAACAAAUCUUGACUCGCGCGGCGUGACGAGAGGCGCGUACCGAGGUUUGGGAGAGGUGUACGAUGUUUCGAUUCCCGCGGGGACGAUUGUCGCGGGCAAGAAUACGAUCACUAUUUCGGUGGCGUCCGGCAGCUCCGGCGAUGAGUUCCUCAGCCCUAAUUUCAUCUUCGACUGCGUGGAGCUCUUCCAGUAG